GAGAUUUGGCACGACUUGCUCGGCUUUUGCCGUCAGUUUGCCGUCAUAUGUUGCUCGGCACGUCUUGUUCGAUUUUUGCCGCAAAUUUGCCGUCACGCGUUGCUCGGCACAUCUUAUUCGCUAUUUGCUGCAAAUUUGUUAUCACACAUUGCUCGGCACGAUUUGCUCAGUUUCUGCUAUCAAUAUGCCGUCAUACUACUAAUGAUAGCUUGUCCGGUUUUUGUCAGCAGUUUGCUAUCACGCUUGCUAACAGGUCGUGUCGCAAUAUUGCACACAUUUUGCCGACAUUACUUGAUAUAGCAAAUCGUGCUGCAGUUUUGUUGUUAUUCUGUUGAUAAAACUUGCAGCACGCUUUGCCGAAAUUUGCUUUUGGCACGUUUGGCUAUCAGGGUACAAACUGUAUUGUCAAAAGCGAUAAUGUUCGAAGUUAUAACGUAGCAUACUUUUAUUAUUGACAUCACGAUAGCGCUUAUAAAAUUACUCAACCGGUUUUCCGAACGCACAUCGUUACUUGGUUAUCGUUUUCUGUUAGUCAUUUAGUAGAUUACUCAUCCAAUAACGUAACAUCUCAAUGUCCACGCCCAAGAAAACUAGUAGACUAGUUUUAUGUAUUAACAUAAUUAUGUAACGUAUUUAUAUAAACGUAUUUAUGUAACGUAUUUAUAUAAACGUAUUUAUGUAACGUAUUUACAUAAACUAGAUUUUUAUAUAAUUAUUUAUAUAUUAUAUAAUUAUUUUUAUAUAAUUAUUUUUAACAUAAUUAUGUUAACGUAUUUAUGUUUUACAUAAACUAAAUUUUAUUGUAUUCAUAAGGAACGAAUCACAUUAGAUUUCAGUCAAAGGAUUUAAAUAUCACUAUAAGAUCAUCAUUAUAUCUCAUAAUAUUAUCUAUUUACACAACAAGACACAAAUAUAUCAGAUACAUAGGAGAAGAUCGAGUAGUAUCGGGCAAAAGUUGUUUCAAGCAUUUGUCGCUGAAGGCAGCAUCUGUGAAACAAUCGGCUUGUUGACUGAAAGAGGAGAGUAGUCAACUCCUUCAGUCACACGCCGAUUGUUUCACAGAUACUGCCUUCAGCGGCAAAUGCUUAAAACAACUUUUGUUCGAUACUAACCGCUGUCCGAUACUACUCGAUCUUCCCCUAUAGAGCAGGACUUGCAAACACAGAACGACGGACGACUGAAGGGAAAAAAUGUUCGGACAUAUCUACCAUAGAUAACACCGAAAUAUGUCGUGACAAAUCGGUGGUGUUGCCUUAACGACUUAACUGAAUAAGGAACUAGAAGAAGAUGAAGAGGAGAUUAUUAUUCGGCAUUAUCUUUGCCAGCUUACUAUUUGUAUACAUCAUAGUCUCAACUGAGAAUGUUCGCCAAAGGAUACCUUUUUUCGAUGCCACGGCCUACGGUAUCAGAUGUUACAAUGAAGCCUCAACUGUGGAGGGCAUUCGUGAUUUCAUGCGAGAAUCAAGCGCGGAUAGAUUGGAAUCAGGUCGGAAUAUCUUUUUCCACGAGACUUCCUGCUUCGGCCAGGAAGGUUUUACACUAAAUGCCCGGCAAGCCUGUGCCGUGGAAUCGGCGGCGCGGAUGAAUCCGUCUAUGACCGUGUACUUGCUGUUCGUGAGUAAGGCCGAGUUUUCGAACAAUACCCAAGAGAUUAUCAAACAUCUGCUCAAGUAUCAUAACAUCAAGAUCCGGUACAUUCAGCCGGACAAUUACAUGAAGAAUACGCCGCUGGAGGCGUGGUACGCUAAGGGCGCGCUGAAAAAGAGCUACUGGCCCUACAGCCACAUGUCGGACAUACUGCGAUAUCUGACCCUGUGGAAGUACGGCGGCAUAUACCUGGACCUGGACGUGGUAGUUACCACCUCGCUGGAAGAUCUAACCAAUUUCGCCGGUGCUGAAGACUGGGACGACGUCGCCGCCGGCGUCAUCGGGUUCGACAUGUCGGAAUUGGGCCGGCGCAUCGCCGACGCUUGCGUGCGGGAUCUCAAAAAGAAUUUUCGCGGCGAUCUCUGGGGCAAUAACGGGCCCGGUGUUAUCACAAGGACACUGCAGAAAUUCUGCGCCACGAAAUACGCACGCGAUAUGACGACCGCUCGUUGUCACGGUUUCACUGUAUACCCACCGUCAGUCUUCUACCCCAUCCACUACACGGAAUGGAAAAAAUAUUUUGAGGCCAAAGACAGCGAUAAGACGAUGAAGAUACUGAACAAGACGAAGGCAAUCCACGUAUGGAACAAGUUGAGCAAAUCCGAACAGGUGCGAGUGGACAGCAACGUACCUUAUGCUGUCAUUGCACGGAGGUAUUGUCCCUAUGUUUUCAACAAUUGUAAAACAGUAUUCUGAGAACCGAACAAUCAGCUGGGAAGAGAAAAAAGGAGAGCGAGUAUCGUUCAGCAUUGUUUUAUAUCAACAUACCGUGAUACCGUGAUUUGUUUGGUACAAACAGAAAGCGACGAUGUACUCAAAAUGCAUUUAACGAGACAAAGGCUGAUUUAGAAAAAAAUAUUCUGAUCAUCCCGCAAUACUAUUAAGACAUAAAUACAAAACUGUAUAUUUAUAACAAUAUCAAAGAGACCAACAUUAAUUUAAGUAUCAACAGAAAUUGCCGCGUCCAGCAAGAGUAUCGCUAUAAACGCAGCGCGCGCGUGGAAUAACACAACUCGUAUGCGUCUGCAUACGUGUAGGUUAUGUGAUGAAAUGAUCUCGACAUGAGUACAUUGAUGCUUACCAUAUUGAUCACUUGUAUAGUACGAACCAACAGGUCCUUUCCUUCUGCCGAGAGAAGUCUAUUUUUACACGAAGACUCGUCGAGCUAUAUUAUUCGCGUUUAGAUAGGAAAUUUAUUCGCGUCAUGAAAGAAAAAUGCAAAGGAUCAAUUUCACUCAUAUCUUUGAUAUACAAAUAUGUCUCGAAUGCAUAUCGGAUAUUUACAUUUACGCACAUAUCUCUCAUAGUGGAUCAAUUCUUUUAAUAUAGACAUAUCAUAUUAAUUUUAUUUUAGUUCCCAAUCGAAGUAUUAAUAUGUAUACACGUGACAAAAGUUUCUCCAAAUAAUAUUUGAUGUAAAAAAAGCUGUGUUUAGCAACAUACAAUAUCUACAUAUCAUAUUUGCUCAUAUUUCUUUCGAUUAGAUGGAUUCGGUGCACAAGUUGGAUGAAUGUAAUACUAAAACGGACCCAUUAGUACAAAUUGUUAAAGACAAUUAAUUGUUAUUAAUAUUAAUAUUAAUAGAAGAUUCAGCAUAACAGUGGCUAAUACAUAUUAUAUAUAAUAUGUGUUUUAAAUUUUAUACGUAUAUGUAUGUAUAAAAUUUAAGAUCACAUGAUUUUUUCGAACAAAGAGAUAUGUUGAAUCAUUAUAGGGAACUGAACACACUCCUUUCGAUUUUAUUAUAUUAUCGAUAUCAUAAUUAAUAUUAAUAUUAAUGUUAUUGUUAUUAACAAUAAUAAUUCACUAUAAAUAAGCAUAGUUUAAGUAUCAGAUUAGAGUAAUUUUAUAUAAUUAUAUAUGCUGAAAUUUAAUUUCUUGCAAAGGCCAAAAAAUAAAUAAGUAAUAUAUCUCACUUUUUAAUUUCCUCACGAUAAAAAUUCAACAUGAAUGUUACUAUAGUUGAUCUUAUGGCUGUGUCAUAUUUAAGUUUGUAGGGGAAGGUGAUAGUAAAACAAAUAUAAAAAAGACACAUAGAAAAUAUUACAUAGUUACAAUAAUUCGCAGGUGCUUCUGUGUAUACACAAACGUAUAAAGUCACGUACAGAACGUACAGGCAUGAUCUAUAUAUUUAAACGUACAUAUCCAUUUUUUCUGAAUGUUUAGUUACGUAUCUAUUGUAUAUGUUUUACUUUAACAGAAAUUUUAAUCUUAAUAAUUUAUUGUUUAACACAAUAAAUUUUGGAUAAAAGUUCCCCGGUAAUCGUGAUGGAAGUGUUAUAUGGAAAUAGGAAGAAAUUGAACAGUAUGAUCAUAUAAUCGAAGUUUGUUUUGAUGUGCCAACAGGUUAAUGUUUUAGGUGAUUAACAUGUAACUCGUUGAACCUUGUUAAACUGUUGAAAAUCUAUAUGUAUUGCACAUAUAGAUUAUAUGCUCAUAUUAUAAGUAUUAAGAUCGCGAAAGUUCAAUAUACGUUAUAACGUGUAUGUGUCUGUCAAAACAGUAUGUCGAAUAAGCGCAAUUAAAAGGCCAAGAAGAGUCUAAAGUUGAGAAAUGUAACUUAUAUAUAAUCCUUUGUACUAUUCUACAUACAUUAUAAAACUUUAAUCGUGUGUAAUUAGUAUAAAAAUCAAUGCGAACACAAAAAUUCGCUAAACACGGAAAAUAUGUAUCAAUAUUUCUACAACAAUGUUCAAAUUAUUUUAAAUGAUAUUCAAAGUGAACAUUUCCGCUCUAUCUUGAAAUAUUUGUGUAUGUUUAUAGUACAAUGGAAACAUCGUAAACUCUAUAAAGACAAUUUUAUGAGUGCGAAGCGUUGAGGAAGGUUUUGUAAACUUUAUAUUUUAAUGGUGUAUGAUGGAAAUUGUUUUGUAAUAUUUAUGAUUCGAUAUUUGAGUCUGUUCCUAUGUACAGUAAUUCACAUAAACAUAAGCCCCAGUGAGAAGUUAGAGAUGUAUUUUAUGGAUGAAUAAACGAUAUGAAUAUUGACAGCAGACAUUAUGUAAAAAAACGAUAAAGGAUUGUGUUUAUUUCAAUGUGAUAUUAGGAAAGUUUCUGUAUCGGGUUAAUGUCAAAAUAUCAAGUAUAUAUUUAUUUGAAGUACUUAUAUGUAAUAUGGACAUAUUUUUCUCAUUUUUAGUACAUUAUAUGUUAUCGAGAACUUUAGAGAAAAAUCGUGAUAGCAGAAAAAACGCAAGAUAUUGUACAAUUACUAAUAAAAUACAUGUAAAAAUUGU